AUGAAUUCUUUUACACACGUUCCUCCUGGUUUUCGAUUCCAUCCUACCGAUGAAGAACUUGUCCAUUACUACCUUAGAAAAAAAGUAAAUUCAAGAAGGAUUGACCUAGAUGUCAUUAAGGAUGUCGAGCUUUACAAGAUUGAGCCAUGGGAUCUUCAAGAACUGUGCCGAAUAGGAACCGAGGAGCAAAAUGAAUGGUACUUUUUUAGCCACAAAGAUAAGAAGUAUCCUACUGGGACUCGCACAAAUAGAGCCACUGUUGCAGGAUUUUGGAAAGCAACAGGUAGAGACAAGGCAAUUUAUUCGAAGCACGACUUGAUCGGAAUGAGGAAGACCUUAGUCUUUUAUAAAGGUCGAGCUCCGAAUGGACAGAAAUCGGACUGGAUUAUGCAUGAGUACAGACUUGAAACAGAUGAAAAUGGGACUCCACAGGAAGAAGGUUGGGUUGUGUGCAGGGUGUUCAAGAAGAGAAUACCAACGAUGCCAAAAGUGAGUGAGCAUGAAUCAGUUUGCUGGUAUGAUGAUCAAGUUGCAUUCAUGCAUGACUUGGAUUCACCAAAGCAAAACUUCCAGCCUGACUUAGGUUAUCAAUUCCCUUACUCCUGCAAGAAAGAGCUGGAUUUUCAGUACCAAAUCCCUCAUGAUCACUUCCUCCAGCUCCCACUUCUACAAAGUCCUAAACUUCUGCAAUCGGCUCCUACAUUAAGUUGCAAUUCCAUCAAUGCUGCAUAUGGCCUAGACAUAAACCAGACAAGCACUUUUCAAUCCUCAACACUCACACAAGAAGAUCACGUUCAACAAACACAUGAGCAAAGAUUUCCCACCAUCUAUGGUAACAACAACAGCAAUCAUGAGCAAGCAGUUGAUCAAGUCACAGACUGGAGAGUGCUUGACAAAUUUGUUGCUUCUCAAUUGAGCCACGAAGAUGUGAUCAAGGAAACUAACCACCCAAAUGCUAGCAACAACAUUUUCAACACAUCAUCAGUCCACGCAGCAAACAUACUUGUUAGACACUUGAAUAAGCAAGAAGCAUCCGUGCAGGAAAACGCCUCGACGUCAACCUCCAGUUGUCAAAUUGAUCUAUGGAAGUGAUGAUAUCCAGCCAAAAUCUAUGAUUCAUGGCAUAAACUGAUCAUAGGAUGUUUCAGUUUGAAAGCCAAGGGAAAUUAUUAUGAUUUUAAUUAAGUUCCUGUACAUAAUAAAACAUAAAACAACAUAUGUAGCUUUAACUGUUGUUGUCCUAGCUAUAGCACAUAUAUAAAUUAAGUUAAUUAAUACAACAAAACUAGACUAUCGAAAACCAUUAUGUUUAAUUUCUUGUAAGAUGAAAUGUUUCUUAAGUGGAUUGUGGGAGCUGAGAGUUGGUGUGAGUAAAGGGGUACUUCAAGCAAGUACGUAAAGGUUUAAUAUUGUGUAGCCUAUGGUCUAGCGGCCAUGUACGUGCUGUUUAUGGAAUCUAUGAGAUUAUCGAUAUCAAAUCUGCCUGUAAUUUCAACUUUGAAAUAUUAGAAUGAAGCCUUUCUGUUCUUCUU